UCCGUUGCAGAUUGAUAUGGUGAUUGCGCCUGUCAAGUUUUUUUAAAUGUUAUUGCGAUAAUUUAGUUUAAGAUUUUUGGUACAUAGGUUACACACAGACUGAAUCGAACUUCCCGUAUUAAAUGGAUAAGAAAAACGUGCUGAAACGUAAUUUUGGAAAUCUGGCUGAUUCGGACGUGGAAAAUAUAGGCGAUGAAGUUCCAACCUCGCAACCGAUCUCCAAAAAAGUGCGAUGCUUAAAUGAACAAAAUACAGAUGAGGAUAACGGCAAGAAAAUCAACGGAAUGAGUGGACUACCAGACGACUUGAAUUGUUUUUUCGAUGACGACGAUAAUUUUAAUAUUAACUUGGAUGCGCUGAAUGAUGCAGAGCAAUUAACUCUAGAUCUAACAAGCUGGAAACGGUGCAGGAUUGUUUCUGUGCAGAAAGAUAUUCGUACGGUCACAUUAGUUGUACAACAAAAAACAAGUAACAUGAAAGCGAAAUGUGUUCUGGAACCACCUUGGUUGUCGCUUCAGCUGAAGGAAGGCGAUGUAGUUUCAGUGAAAGGCGCUUUUGAUAGAAGCAAUCAUUUGUACAGGAUCAGCAAUGAAGAUGGAAUGAUUGUUACGGACCCAGACUAUUUGGUAUCAGGCACGUCCGUUGUUGGGGCACUCUACUGUCAGAGACGUGGAGUUCUGCAGGAUCGAUUUCGGGGCGUGGAUGCGGACAAUAGAAUUAUGACUAUUGGAACGAUCGUGCACGAAUUGCUACAGAGAAUACUAAGGAACAAGCUAAUGGAUAUGGCUGAUAUUGUUGCUGCAGGACGGGAACUUCUCAACUCUAAGCAUAUGGCCCAAAUGUUGUAUGCAUGUAAAAUGAGUCGGGUAGAAGCUGCAAAAGAAGUUGAACAAUUUUAUCCGAGAAUCUACGAUUUUAUCAAAAACCAUGUGCACCAUUCCAGCAAGAAAUUUACUCCUACAAAGACGGAUAUACAAAUUCUCGCGAUAAAUGACAUUGAGGAGAACAUUUGGUGUCAUCAGUUGGGACUUAAGGGGAAAAUCGAUGUGACAGUUGAGGCGAAAUGUGGAAGCGAUCAACAAAAGCAGUUAAUGCCCCUUGAAUUGAAAACAGGUCGUGCCAGUUUCUCAGCGGAACACAAGGGACAGGUCGUUCUAUAUGAAAUGAUGAUGAACACGAUUGGUCAUCACGUUGACAAAGGUAUCUUGCUUUAUCUUCGUGACGGAAAAUUUUCCACAGUGUCCGCCAAUCGCAACAUGAAACGUGACUUGAUCAUGCUACGAAACGAAGUUGCAUACUAUUUAUCACGGGGGCUACCAAAUACUGACAGUUCAAAGUUUAAUCUGGCUAGGGAUAUUUUGCAGCUACCGGAGCCACUGAAUAAUCAGCAUAUCUGUUCGCGAUGUCCAUUCAGCGUAAUCUGUACGGCCUAUUUGAAACACGAGAAACGAGAUUUUCCAGAUAGCCACUCCAUCAAACUUAUUGCUGAAGAAUCAUUGAAUCAUUUGAACGAUAGACAUAUCGAUUAUUUUAUCCGAUGGGCUGGACUGAUUUUUCUUGAAGAUGAAGAAGCUAGGAAGGGUUUCCACAUAAAACACCUAUGGACCAAGAGCCCAGAGAUAAGACAUAAAAUUGGACGUGCAGCUAUUAAUUUGCGAUUGUCUGGUCGUGUCUUCAAGGCGGAAGACGAGUAUUUCCAUACAUUUACAUUUGAUAGCAAUCUGAACGACUCCCAGUGUAUGACUCAAUUACCAGCUAACGAAUACAUGUCUGCAUUUUUCGAGAUAAAGGAAUAUUUAAUCUGUAGUACUUCAAAACGAAUAGCAGUAGCCGCUGGCCGUGUGGUAGGCAUAGGCAAGCGAGAAGUUACUUUGAGCUUAGAACGAGAUCUUAGCCAACAUUACGCUCAAGAGAUGUUCCAUUUGGACAAGUACGAGUCGCAAACGUUGAUGACCUUCAAUUUGACGAACGUUGGGGUCCUGCUUGAUAACACGGAACGUUCGGACAGCUUACGACGCAUUAUCAUUGACCGUGAAAAGCCAACAUUUACCCGGACCGUACCGGCUGCGAUAUCUGCUGAAGCAAAGCAGAUUCUACAGAACCUCAACAAACACCAAAAAAUAGCGGUACUCACUGCCGUUGGAACCAAGAGCUACUGUUUGUUCAAAGGUCUCCCAGGGACGGGGAAAACUCAAACCGUAAUAGCGUUGAUUCGACUACUGGUAGCUAUGAAAAAAUCCAUCCUGAUUACGAGCAAUACCCAUUCUGCCGUGGACAACGUACUGCGACGGUUGCUGCCAUACAACAUUAAAUUUAUGCGAUUAGGUUCCACAUCGCGUAUCGAUCCUGUGCUGAAAGAUUUCAGCGAGGCUAGCUUGAUAGAGAAUUGUUCGACCCCGGAAGAACUCGCAGCGGUGUACAGUUCAUAUCAAAUUGUCGGUGUAACAUGCCUCGGGGCUGCCCAUUCGAUGCUCGUUCAAAAAACUUUCGACUUUUGUAUCGUGGACGAAGCGACCCAGGUAUUCCAAAGUGCUGUAAUCAGACCGUUGCUGUUUUCGGACAAGUUCGUUUUGAUCGGUGACCCAGAUCAGUUGCCUCCGGUUAUAAAAUCGCGUAAAGCCAAAGAUCUGGGGGCUGAUGAGAGUUUGUUCUUCCGGUUAGAUGUGGAACAAUCUUGCUGUGUGCUGCCUACACAGUAUCGCAUGAAUAGAAUCAUUACCAAGUUGGCCAACGAUUUUUCCUACAAAGGGAAAUUGCUGUGCGCAAACGAGGAAGUCGCCAAUUCUGCGAUGAAACUUUCACAGGCACAGAGUAUGCAACAGAAGCAUAAGCUGGAAAAGUGGCUUCUACGAACGACGGCGUCACAACUUGAGCUAUCGGUUGUGCUAAUUAACACGCUGAACACAUUCAAAAGCAGCCUGUCAUACAAUACGAACAGGAAGCGUGAAUACUCAUAUGUUGCAAUGGAUAGUAACCCAGAGGAAGAUCCGAAGGCGAUCUACGAAAACUAUUGCGAAGCUGCCAUCGUAUUCUACACUAUCAUGGCGCUGGUUGAAUCCGGUAUUGACGGUAGUUCAAUUGGAGUGAUAGCCCCAUUCAGGGCACAAGUGGAUCUUCUACGAUAUUAUCUUGAACUGCUCAACAAACUGUAUGAAAAUCAGGACGAAACAAAUACCGGCAAGAAGUUGGACAUCGAAAUCAACACCGUAGAUCAAUAUCAGGGCAAAGACAAGGAUAUCAUAUUUUACUCCUGUACAAAAUCGAGCAACCCCAAUUUGGUCGGUACCGAGAAUGCAACCGCAAGCGAAUAUGCAAUUCUCGAAGAUCACAGAAGACUGACGGUGGCGAUAACAAGAGCUAAGAAGAAGUUGAUAAUCCUGGGUGAUACUCAGUGUCUCGAAAGAUACACUCCAUUCCAGAAUCUGUUCGAAUGUAUUCCAUCUACGGGCAAGAUUACUCUCCAGGACCAUUCUUUCGGUUUCGAAUGGAGUUGUGUUUUCAACACUCUAGAUUCAUUACAUGACUGUGAGGAAUAA